CGGGCUCGGGUGGGGGGGCGCGAGUGGGGGUGGCGGCCAGCAUGCUGCUCGGCUGCGGCUCGGCCUCCCACACCCGCGGCGCCCUCGUCCUAGCCAGCAGCGGCGGCGGCGGCGGCGGAGCAGCGAGCGGCGGCCGUGUCUGCAGCGGCGCGGGGUCCGAGCGCGAGGCGCGGCGGCGGCAGUGGGCGCCCGGGCGGGGAGCGGGCGGCGGGGACCCGGCAUGGCGCUGCGGCGGGGCGGCGGCGGGGCGCUGGGGUGGCUGCUGCUGCUGCUCAGCGCCGCGUGCCUGAUCCCGCCGGGCGCGCAGGUGAGGCGGCUGGCGCGCUGCCCCGCCACUUGCAGCUGUACCAAGGAGUCCAUCAUCUGCGUGGGCUCCUCCUGGGUGCCCAGGAUCGUGCCGGGCGACAUCAGCUCCCUGAGCCUGGUAAAUGGAACAUUUUCGGAAAUCAAGGACCGAAUGUUUUCCCAUCUGCCUUCCCUGCAGCUGCUAUUGCUGAACUCUAACUCAUUUACCGUCAUCCGGGAUGAUGCUUUUGCUGGACUUUUCCAUCUUGAAUACCUAUUCAUCGAAGGGAACAAAAUAGAAACCAUUUCAAGAAAUGCCUUUCGUGGCCUCCGUGACCUGACUCACCUUUCUUUGGCCAAUAACCACAUAAAAGCACUCCCAAGGGACGUCUUCAGUGAUUUGGACUCUCUGAUUGAACUCGAUUUAAGGGGCAAUAAAUUUGAAUGUGACUGCAAAGCCAAAUGGCUGUAUCUGUGGUUGAAGAUGACCAAUUCCACAGUCUCUGAUGUCCUCUGUAUUGGUCCGCCAGAGUAUCAGGAAAAGAAGCUAAAUGAUGUGCCCAGCUUCGACUAUGAAUGUACCACUACAGAUUUUGUUGUUCAUCAGACUUUGCCCUACCAGUCGGUUUCAGUGGAUACGUUCAACUCCAAGAAUGAUGUGUAUGUGGCCAUUGCUCAGCCCAGCAUGGAGAACUGCAUGGUACUGGAAUGGGACCACAUUGAAAUGAAUUUCCGGAGCUAUGACAACAUUACAGGUCAGUCCAUUGUGGGUUGUAAGGCCAUCCUCAUCGACGACCAGGUUUUCGUGGUGGUGGCCCAGCUUUUCGGCGGCUCUCACAUCUACAAAUACGACGAGAGCUGGACCAAAUUUGUCAAAUUCCAGGACAUCGAAGUCUCUCGCAUUUCCAAGCCCAACGACAUCGAGCUGUUUCAGAUCGAGGACGAGACGUUCUUCAUCAUCGCAGACAGCUCCAAAGCUGGUCUGUCCACGGUAUAUAAAUGGAACAGCAAAGGGUUCUACUCCUACCAGUCUCUGCAUGAGUGGUUCAGGGACACGGAUGCGGAGUUUGUUGACAUAGACGGGAAGUCACAUCUGAUUCUGUCCAGCCGCUCCCAGGUCCCCAUCAUCCUCCAGUGGAAUAAAAGCUCUAAGAAGUUUGUCCCCCACAGUGAUAUCCCCAACAUGGAGGACGUACUGGCCGUGAAAAGCUUUAGGAUGCAGAACGCCCUCUACCUCUCCCUCACCCGCUUCAUCGGGGACUCCAGGGUCAUGAGGUGGAACAAUAAGCAAUUUGUGGAGAUUCAGGCUCUUCCGUCCCGGGGGGCCAUGACCCUGCAGCCCUUUUCUUUUAAAGAUAACCACUACCUGGCCCUGGGGAGUGACUACACGUUCUCCCAGAUCUACCAGUGGGAUAAAGAAAAGCAGCUAUUCAAAAAAUUCAAGGAGAUUUACGUUCAGGCACCUCGUUCCUUCACAGCUGUCUCCACUGACAGGAGAGAUUUCUUUUUUGCAUCCAGUUUCAAAGGGAAAACAAAGAUUUUUGAACAUAUAGUCGUUGACUUAAGUUUGUGAGGGGAUGAUUUGUGAAUUUAAAGACACGUAGAGCUAGCUUUCACAAGAGAGGACCAAGACGCAGAUACAAAGCCAAGUUCAGGCCUCUGCAGUUAAAAAUGCACUGGGGACCUAGUUAGAAGUUUUCAACAUUUUAGAACUCCCAUUUUGGUCAGGGAUUGCAUUUAUUGGCUAACUGCAUGACAUGUCCAUUCUCCCAUUUAAAAAGACAUCUUGAAGCCUGUUAUCUCUGAGAAAAGAGAACAGCAUUAACUCUUACCAUCUAGGAAAGUCAUGUGCUUUUUUCUUUUUUUUAAGUGAGAAGGAGGAAAUCGGAUAAGAUGGGAUAGUUCUUAUAAUGGAAAUAAUAAACAAACAAACAAACAAACAAAAAGACCAAACAAACGAUGGGCCCGUCUCAUUCCAUUUUAGCAAUCUUUUUUGGUAAGAACUCUUAAAGCCAAAGAAAGCUAAAAAGAUUUGCUGAUGAUUCGUUUAAAAAUCUGAUAACACUCAGCAAUGCUAUUUUUGAGUCCUUUCAGUUUCCUGAAUCCCCCUUCCCAGCAGAACUUUGGCUAUUCCAUUGGCUCCUAUGGAGAGAUACUCGUCAUGGGAAUGUUAACAAAAUAAUGCUGGACAUCGCUUCCUUUGCCGCAAAGAAAAUACUCUGCUGACACGCGUCCAGGCCCCGCCCAGGUUGUAGGCCCAUGAGUGAGACAAACGCAUUUUCCCCUCUGACUUGUGGUUCAGAGCCGACCCGGUGGCAGCCGGAACAAUAUUGCUUGUUAGAUGCCCUCCGUGGCUCGGCUGCUUCCCUGAACCUGCUCUUUGAGUGUGUGGGUAGUCAGCAGACAGGCCAAAGACUGAACGGUGCUUUUCAUCCCAGCCUUUAAAGUACUGGAACAGGUCUUUCCGUCCGAUGAGCAUCUGGUAGGAUUUUGGAAGCAAGAUUUUGUGGGAUCAAAGAGGACUUUACACGAGUCUCGCUGUACUUUGAUACCUAGAGGUGGCCCUUUGAUUUGUGCAUGGCCAUGCCCUCUGGGCAGCUUCCUAUUUCGAGUCAUUGAGUACCAGCCUACCUUCCUGCCCACCUGCCUUCCUCCCUACUCCCAUGUCAGUCCUGCUUUGCAGAUAUGCCGUUGCUGCCGCCGCCAAUGAGGGGCUGAGGCACCAGACGGCAGAACCUGGGGUGCCCUUGAUGCUAGUGCCCCUUCCUUUCCCAGUAGUUUAGCAAAGGAAAGCCCCCUGGAGGGCUCACACCGUGAUGUGGGACCGUGUACUGGCAGGGGGCUCCUCCUGAAUAGGUUGGUGGGGGGUGGGCCGGGCUCAGACCGAUCAUCAGGGACUCACUUUGGAUCUUGACCCACUGCAUCCCACAGACCAGGUCUGUGCUUGGGGGACUGGAGGGUCUGUUUCAAACUGGGCUUCUCUGGUGUGGAUUAUCAGGGAGCCCGCGGGGUCUGGUUUUGCAGAAGCUUCCCAGUGGAUGUUCUGCCAGUUUAGUGGGUUCUGCUGAAGUGGAUUUUAGGAGUGGCUCUCAAAGACCCACCCAACAGCGUCUCUGGGAGCCCCCAAACCAGCACAAUCAUGUGGUACUGGCACAUUAUUUUUUAAUGAUCAUUUGCCGAGACAUGAGUAGGUAAGGUUUUGCCACACGUUUGGGUGCGGUGUUGUUUCUGCUUUAAGCGAUGCAGGUCAAGGCAACCAAUAACAUGGAUGUUGCAACAGCAUUCCUGGGUACAUCCCAGGCUGAGGGCUUCCAGCCUAACACACCAGGGAGUUCGGUGAACUCAGUCACCCACACAUAGUACAGCAUUGCUGCUUGAAGCUUUCCUGCUAGGCACCAACCAAACAGGAGAAGUGGUUUGUUUUCAUUUCUGAAGCACAAAAUCACCCUUCCAUGUUUUUUUGCCUUUUUGGUUCAUUUGAAUUGACUACAAAUGCCCAGAUCCCCGCAUCAGCAGCAGAAAGUGGGACAGUUCUGCUCUUCCUCUAUUAGGAUGGGCAAGCAAUUCUCUCUGGCACAUGGAACCCCUCAGACAAGCCUGGGUGGAAAGACGGGCCCUUGGCAAACAAGGUAGGGGACAUUUCGACAGUCUUAGCAUUCAUGCCAGUUUGAAAUGAUGUUCCCAAGCCAGCCGCUUGUUGGGAAGGCAACCGGGGCAUCUUUUCACAGGGCUGCCUCUAGGGAAGGGGGCAUCUGCCCCCCAGCUUCCCCUCUGAGGGAGAAGUGCCUGUAGAAACCAUCUGCAUUCACCAUGCUGAUAACCAUUGCCUAGAAUCUAGAAAACCAGGAAACCUGGGGUGCAGAGCUGGGGUCAGGGGUGCUUUCCGGGUCUAGGGGAGACAUUGGCCGGUGGAAAAAAGAUCUAAGGAACUAUGGGUGAGGUGAAGGCAAGAGGGUGGGUAGUCCACACGGCUGCAGUCAGGCUCUCUUUUUCUUCUUAAGAAAUUAGACAAGAGCAGAGUCUGCAUCCUACAAGAGUCUCGGCUCUGAGGGAGGAAAUAUUUGUUCUGGCCGACUUGCUAAAGGAGCAGAGAUGUUCUUGGCACGAGGUUGUGGAAGCUUUGCUUCAUUAAUCUCGCUGCUCCAUCCUAAGAACCCCUCUAGUUUUGAACAAUUUCUGCAAGAAGCUUUUUCCCAGUAAUAAUGUAAGACCAAAAAAAAAAAAAAAAAAAAAAAAAAAACAACAGUAACAAAAACCCAAAAGCUGAGAGACACAUGGGACCAUCCACUGUGGAAGGAGUUCUGGGCUGCUCUUGCCCAUUCCUUCCCAUCACCCAUGGGUUGCCUUCUUGUCAGCUUGUUUCUUCUUUGAAAUCUCUGUAGUGAGGCUAGGUCGCUCCACGCAGCCAAGUGGCCACGCCACACAGCCUUCAAGCGUGGGAUCUGGAACAGUUCUCUCACAAAGACUAAAACAAGCCUUAGAUGUGAAUGGCACGGUGUUCUCGGGCAACGGAGAGUAAGCCCACCCUGCCUCUCAACAGAGCUUUACGAUUUUUUUCAGUGUGCAUUUGCAUCCAUCUCAUUUCUCCAUGAGUAGUUCGUCAGUUUAUUGGUGGGCGGGUAUUCUAAUUUCAGAGAACAUGAAACCAGUACGAAGAUCAAAGUCGAUUGCCUGUUCAAGAUCAUCUGGUAGUGAAUGGCAAAGGCCGAGUUUACCCCUGCACGGCGGGCUGUGAUUUGUGACUCUGACAUGCCUUCCGAAUAAAGACUUUUUUUUUUUUUUUAAUCAUGAUUCAAAAUGUAGCGACACCUUGAGAUCAAAUAAAAAAUACAACAACAUAUGCAUAGCCAGGAGGAAAAUAGAGGUGAAUAGACACCAUCUUAUGAACUGGUCCCUUUUCCAAUUAAACGCUAUGGGACCCCUAUUGCACAUGAGGCCCCACUCUUGAAAGUCUUCCAGAAGUUUCAGAUAAUUUUCUGUUCUAAAGAGGAUUGCUAUCUGGCACGGUUGCUUCUCCACACACACCGACCCCUCCAAUAGCGAUGGGGCAAUGUUGAGGUCGAGACACAUCUGGUUCUUGUCACAACGUCCACAAGAUAAACAAGAGAGUUCUGUGAGGGAACAACUACAAACUCGAAGGCCCGAGUGGUGAUGAAUUGCUCCAGGUCAUAAUCAGCCUUUGGGGAGCACGCUGGAAAUGCAAGUGUUGCAUUUUUCUUCCCCAAUGGAGUGAGAGGCUGUGUAUUUUUAGGAAAGAAGUCAUGCUGGAGGUUUGGCUGCCAGGAACACUCAGGAUGGAAAUUUUUCGGACCGGGGGUCUAAUGAAAGAGAGAUGAAGGUCUGCUGGAGGGGAGUCUGUUUGCAUGCCACCUAAAGGAAAUCCUUUAGCCAGGCUUCUGGAUUCUUCUGCAGCUAUCAGCCCCUCCCUCUACUCCACAGUUUUGGAAGAGAGUUCUUUAAUUAGGCAGUGGCCAAAGAUUCUUUUGUACAGGGCUCCGGAGUAGAAUGCAGUCAUCUAGCUGUUGGUGCUGUAAGGUGGUCCAGACUUAGGACAGUCUAAAGGGAAUGGGCAGAAAAGCCAGGCUGAUGGCCAUGGAGGGAGCUCUUCUGGAAAAGUAGAAAUAAACUGGAAGGAAAAAGGUCAUCAUGACUUCCUUUGUGUCAGCCAGGCAAGUAGAGGUUGGAACAAGGAGGCAAGUUAACAGCCAAUUAAUAGCGAAGAGAGCCCAUUGUAAUGCUAAUUGAAAUAAGAAUUGUGUUGUAAAGCUAACUGAGAUCUAAACCUAGAGAGGCACUCUUAUCCUUAAUGUUAUUCCAUUACUUGUAUCAGAAUCUACCUUUUUUCUAGUAGACUAUGCAUUCCCUAUCAAUCCCUUUGACUAUCAGGAAUGUAUAAGAACUGUGAUAAAAUAAGCCAAUAUGCCAUUUGGUACCAUUUUUAUGUAUCUUAGAUGCAUAACUUAGGUAAAAUAAGAAUAGUUUCUAUGUAUAUGAAAGCAAAUUUUGCAGUAUGCAAGCUACAAUGGAUGCAUUUUAAGGCUGAAUAUAUAUUUAGAUCUCUUUUGGUAAAUACAGUUAACAAAAAACAUGCCUCUUAAUUCGAUAUAUCCUGUAAGUCUAUGAAUAAAAAGUAGCUCAUGCCUAAUGUG